CGCGGCGCGGCGCGGCGCUUUACGGCUGUCGUGCUUCUGGUCCCCGCCAGCAUGGAGGCCGAGGAGUUGGAGAAGGAGGCUGCGGAGCAGGAGCCCCCAGAAGCGAGAGACCAGAAACCAGAAGCGGAGGAGGAGCAGGAGGAAUCCGAAGAGGCGGCUUGCGGCGGCAAGAAGCGGGUAGUGCCGGGUAUUGUGUACUUGGGCCACCUCCCGCCCCGCUUUCGGCCUCUGCACGUACGGAACCUUCUCAGCGCCUAUGGCGAGGUCGGGCGCGUUUUUUUCCAGCCGGAGGACGGGUUCGUGAGGCGCAAGAAGAAGGCGGCGGCAGCCUCGGCCACGGGAGGGAAAAAGCGGUCCAAGUACAGCAAGGACUACACCGAGGGCUGGGUGGAGUUUCGGGACAAGCGAGUGGCCAAGCGCGUGGCGGCCAGUCUGCACAACACGCCCAUGGGAGCCCGACGGCGCAGCCCCUUCCGUUACGACCUGUGGAACCUCAAGUACCUGCACCGUUUCACGUGGUCCCACCUCAGCGAACAUCUUGCCUUUGAGCGCCAGGUACGCAGGCAGCGCCUGAGGGCCGAGGUUGCCCAGGCCAAGCGUGAGACUGACUUCUACCUUCGAAGUGUGGAACGGGGACAGCGCUUCCUUGCUGCUGAUGGGGACUCCACCCGCCCGAAUGGCACCUGGGCCUUUGCCCAGCGUCCUACUGAGCAGGAGCUGAGAGCCCGGAAGGCAGCUCGGCCCGGGGGACGUGAACGGGCUCGCCUGGCUAACGUCCAGGACCAGGCUCGCUCCAACCGAGGGCUGCUUGCCAAGAUCUUCGGAGCUCCACCACCUUCAGAGAGCGUGGAAGAACCCUCACUAGCCAGGGACUCAUGAAGGGCAGAGAGACCCCUUCUAUCUCGUAGCCCUGAUAAUGUCUAUUCAGGCAGACGUUUUAUUAUCUUUCUCAGACCAGGAGUCUCUGAUGAGUGCUCAGACAGACCUUUUGUGGGCCUCUCCUCCCCGCUCCCACUCCUGUUGCCUGGCAAAGGCCCCUAAUUCAUACUAGCAUGAGUAUGACUACUGCACAUGCCUGUUUCAUUUGAUUCUUGGCCGUCUGCCUCCUGCCCAGUGGGAGCCUCUAAAAAUCCCACUUUCUGGCCUCAGGAAGAGCCUUUACCUCAAGCUAGAGUGGGAAUGUGUAGUCCAGGCAACUUUUUUACCAACUGUAAGUGAAGGGUAGCGGCCACAUCCUUUUUAUUUAGAAAAGAUUAACAGGGAUGGGUUAAUGGGGUGGGACUGGGUGGGAGCCACCUUCCAAAUGUAUUUAUAGAAAAGAAAAAAUAUAUAUAUUUGUAUACUUUUGUAGUUUAUUGGUGCGGGGGGGGGGGUGCAUUUUAGAAGUUCUAACUUCUGUCUCCUCAUGUCCCAUUAAUGUCAUCUCCUGGUCUCAGAGCCACCUCCCCCUCCCUCUCCACCUUCAGUCUGAGCUCUUUUCUGUCUAUCAGAUUAAUUUCUUAGCCCACUUUAUCAAUGAUCUAAUUCCACAUUUACCAAGUCACUACAUGAGGACAUAGUGAUAGUGGGUAAUAACACACGGCCCUUGGCAUUAAGAGUUGUAGGCCACUAGAAAGGGACAGAUAUUCAAGAAAUAAUGUCCAGAGGUACUGCAGGCAUCAUGUAGAAAUAUAUAAGGGCUAGAGGAGGAGCCAUGGGAGGGCUUGGUUUAUCUGGGAGGGUAAGCAGUGCUUAAUAUGGAGCUGAUCCCUCAUUACACUCUUCAGAGAGGGGUCAGUUUUCACCAAGUUUCCCAUAUCGCUCCUGAAAAGUGAACAGAAAUCUGAAUGAGGCUGAUGUACUCCUGUUGUUGGAAACAAAGCUCCAUGGAUGGAGCAUUGGGUUCAAACCACUGUAAAGGGAGACAAAGCCUAGGAGGUAGGCACGGUGCCCUUCGGGUGGUCUUCUACGAAUUAGGGCUUAGACAAGGGGGAGGGCUCACAACACCAAAGCAGCUUUAGAAGCCGCACAGAAUCCAUGGCAGCCACUAAGAGAAGCGGAAAACUGAAGUGUUAAGAAACCUGGACGCAGCCUCCUAGAACUUGAAACCGGUCAGGGGCGCCUGGCUGCCUCGGUCCAUGGAGUGAGCGACUCCCGAUCUGGAGUUGGGUGUAGAGAUCACUGAAAAAGUCUUAAAAAACACUAGUCACUAUCCAGUCUGUUAAACCUACAGGAAAUAGUAGAGUGACUAAUAAUACGGGUUUUGCUUGUGCAAUUUAAUUCCCCGCCCCCCCACCGCCGCCGCUCCUCAAUAUAAUUAUUCAUGUGUUUGGGUGGAGCAAAUUCAUCCACUUCUUUGGCUCUAAAAUGAUAAAAUCUUAGUCCUGUUACGAUUUUUAUUCGAUAGGUGCGCUUUAUGUGGGAGAAUAAAAAUGACCUUACGUUCAAAAUGAUGGCUGUUGGGUGUCACAUUUCCCACGUCCCUAACCCUCUCAUACCCGUCUGAUAAAAACAUCUGUGUAACGUUACACCCUCAGGCUUGGGAACUUGAUACCCUUGUUUCUGUGUUCAUUUCUCGUGAGUUUGUUUCCUGUGGGUCGUUUCCUCAGGUCAUGAUGUCUUCCCAAGUGAGCGAGAAAAAUUCCGUGUCAGAGUCUGACAAGCUGUUAUAUUCACUUACUCAGGAUUCCCAGUGCCACUGUCACCUUUGGUAGAUAAAGAGAAUAUCGAGAGUGAGAAAUCUCUUCCCCUUAGGUUGCUAACAAUUUAGGAAGCAAAACAUGGGGCUUCGGAAUUUUUUGAAUGAAAUAAACUUCUCAGGCUGGGUGGCGUCAGGUGUCCCUAUAUUCAAGGUCAGCGUCCAAGGCUCCGGUUCAGUAGUUCGCACAAAGAGUUUACCCGCAGCCUGGAAAUCUGGGUAAAUCACAGGCGGAGGGAGAAAUGAAGAUAAGAAUGGGUGGAAGACCAUGAGUUUCUGGGGAGCCGUCAGCUUGAUUGCCUGCAGACCAAGCCCUUUGAGGGCAGGAAAAUACCUUCUUUUACACUUAAAAUUUUAUUUUCUGGAUGUUGCCACCAGUAACCCUGACAUGGGUCAAUUUUAGUUGUACAAAUGCAGCAAUUAUGUACGUUCCCAGAAGUGGAUUUGCAGAGUAAUUUUGGUAGAUCUUGUCAAAAUGCCUUUUAUGGAAAGUGUCAGGGACCCUUUGGGGGAUUAUAAGCGAGGAAAGUCCGAUGAUUUCGAUGGAAGCCUGCACUCUGCCUCCGCGGCCCAUUCCCGACGUCCAGAGCCCGAGGACCUGACUCGGGGACAGCCUGGGCCAGCUGGGUGUGGACAGCCGGGGUUCACGCCGCCGGAUGUACCAACGCAGCUGAGGGAGAAGGAAUCUGGGAACAAAUUCAGUAGAAUUAGGGACAAAAUGACGGGAUCGCGCCCAUGUCUGGCUGCAUCCUGAAGGCUUUCAAGCAAAUAAUCGGGGAACACGGGAACACUCCAUCUGUCGCAAGACGCCCUGGGGAGCUACGUUAGCUCGGUUUUCAUUUUAUUUGUGAGAAUGUUCACAGACGGAUUUUGUCCGACAAAAUUUCCGAAAACCGGAAUCCUUAAAGGGAAAGGGCCGUCCCUGGGUGGGCUCGAACCACCAACCUUUCGGUUAACAGCCGAACGCGCUAACCGAUUGCGCCACAGAGACGGGGACGCGGGAAGGUCUCUUGUCAAACAUGAUCAUGUCAUUUCCCCAGUCCAGACCGUGGGAUAUACUCAAGAAACGAACCUUUUGCCGGGCAUGUAUAUUGAAGAAAUGUUCCCUCGUUUCCUGGUUUCUGUUGUUCCUAUGUUUUGAAAACAACUUUUGACAAUACAGAUAUUAUUCUUAGAGAGGAACCUCAGAGUGUUGACUGGGCGGGGAGCUGGGCGCGGGACUGCUGUUUACCCCGAGAAAGUGUGAUUAUAAUAAAAUAAUAAAUAAUAAUAAUAAUAAUAAUAAUAGUAGUGAAGGACAUCUGGACCGAAUUUCUUUCCAGGUCGAUAAGAGAGCUUUUGCUAACACUCCAGUUGAUAGGGAAGCCCCUGGAAGGGUUCUGUACAGAUGAAGAUACCUUCAAUGGGAAAGAUUCCAGUAAGAGAAAAGCAGAAAGGAAAACCAUUUAGGGGACAGUCUGAAGGCUCAUCAGUGGAUCCUUAAAUGAUCAGGUAAAAGUGUACUUGCCCGGAAAUAGGAUAUUCUCACGUACCAAAGCAGCAGCGCAGAGAUCCCUUGCUAACUGCAAAGAGAAAAGUCUUUACAAAAUGACCUCUGUCUCCACUUACACCAGGGAUCAAAUUGAGCAUCAUUAACAAUGGGGCGGAUUAACAUGGGCACUUCCUGGUGAAGUCACACGGGCACGCCCACAUGAUAUUCUGGCCAAAAAGGAUUAACUUGGAUGUCAUUUGAUAACUUCUGGCCUCCUUGCUCCAUUUAGCUAUUGCCGUGGAACAAGAUGCUGAAAAACGUUAGUGACUGUUUCAAUCAUGGCUCUUCCAGAGAAGCAGAACAUAUGUAAUAUCUCUUGUCUCUCUCAUCUCUCUAUCUCAGUUCCUUUCUCUAGAGAUCUCCCCCAUUCUAGAUCCAUCCACCAGUCCUCAAUCAAUCCAUCAUCUAUCUAUCUCAUCCCUUACCUAUCUGAUGGGCUGAUGUGUAUAGAGCUGGCCAGCAAGCUAGAACUCAGACAGGAUUUCUGUGUCACAGUCUUGAGACAGAAUUUCUUCUUCAGGGAAAAAAAAAAAAAAAAAAGGAAUGAAACAUGAAGAAUUUAAAAUGUUGGUUGAGUAAAAUAAGAUCUCGGAGAUUCCAAAGUCAAAACAUCCACUUAAGGGUCCUCAGCACAGACUUGAGUAUUUUGGGAUACAGCGUACAUGGAAAGGUCUGGAAGGCUGGAAAGUAGUGCGAAAUAGACAGUAAUAUGUCCCUGGAAAGAGCCCCAGCUGGGAGAAUGCGAUCAGAAAAAUUAAGGUGUGAUGUAAUUUUCUUUGCUUGGAAAGUAAUAAUAAGUAGCCAAAGCGUGAUACAAAGUGCAACAAACAGGAGGAAUUGUGUGCAGAGGGGGAUGGGGUAUGUGAGAACUCUAUUUCUUGUGGGGUUUUUCCCUGUAUUUCUGUAUUUCUGAUUAUUCUUUUUUUUUAUUAAAAAAACUUUUUAAAUGUU